GGGGAUUGUAUUUGAGGAGUUUCUGCUUAUGAACCGAGGACCUCGUGCAUUCAACUCAAAAACCUGCGUACCAAAUGUUUCAUAAAAAACAAUCAAAUCCAAUCCCAACGGUCGCAUUGGCUGUCGUAAGAUUAUACCGCGGCCGUUGGAUCAUCAAACGUGUCUUCGCCGUUGUUGACAGAGUAAAAUACUGCUUUUUUUUACAGAGAGAAUCUUUGUGAGACAACAACCCUGACACAUUCAUUAUCUUCCAUUUCUAGUGAGAGAAAAUAGUUCAAACAAAGUUUGAUUUUUUAUUUGAAUUGUUGUGUGUGUGUGUGUGUGAACUGAAACUGUGAAUGUUUCAUCUUACACUUCUUAUCUUGUCGUUUUGUACUGAAGUGUGAAGCUCGUUUAAUUCUUAGCUCUAUGCGGAAGAUUCUUCUGAUUUUUUCAACAUUAUUUUUAUGUUUGAAAAAAGGUUUUUUUUUUAUUAUGUGCAUUUUGUGUCUGUUUCUCCAUUAAUAAGCAGACACCAUUUAUGGUUUUUUUCUGAUUUUGAGAAAACUGUUUCUGGGUCUUUGUCUUGGUGACUUUGGAACAUGAAAGACACGUUUUUGCUUAGGAUCAGUAUGUGUUGUCUUCAUUCAUUAUUCUAGAAGCAUUCCAUAACUUUUAUUAGAGAGAGAGAGAGAGAGAGAGAGAGAGAGAGAGAGAACUGUGAAGUUUGAAGAUCAAGCCAAACUGGGUUGCUUUUCAGUUGCUGGUUCUUUAAGAUCAUGGUGGAAGAUGCUGUUGCAGUUGAUGCAAGUUGUUCAACAGAAGAUUGGUUGUUACAUGCAAAGGAACUUGUUCCUAUUGCUCUUGAUAAAGCAAGAGAGGUUAAAGGUUUUCCUACUAGAUGGAAAAUGAUCAUUUCUAGAUUAGAACAGAUUCCAUCCAUGUUAUCAAAUUUAUCAAGCCAUCCAUGUUUCUCAAAGAAUGCUCUUUGCAAGGAGCAAUUGCAGGCUGUGUCGAAUUCCCUCAGAGAUGCGAUCGAAUCAGCUGAAUUGUGUUUGAAGGAGAAAUAUGAAGGUAAGCUUCAGAUGCAGAGUGAUCUGGAUGCAUUAAUCGGUAAAAUGGAUUUGAAUUUACGAGACUGUGGACUUUUGAUCAAAACUGGUAUGCUCGGCGAGGCUACUUUGCCGUUGACAGUGGCAUCUGUGUCAGGUUCUGUGGAACAAUCAGAUUCUGCAGCACACAACAACAUAAGGGAGUUGCUCGCGCGCCUUCAGAUCGGUCACUUAGAAGCGAAACACAAAGCUUUGGACAGUGUUGUUGAAGUUAUGAAAGAGGAUGAGAAGAAUGUUUUGGCUGUUAUGAGUAGGAGUAAUAUUGCUGCACUGGUUCAAUUGCUUACAGCAACAUCAACAAGGAUAAGAGAGAAAACAGUUACUGUUAUAUGCUCGCUUGCCGAAUCGGGUAGCUGCGAGGAUUGGUUAGUUUCUGAAGGUGUUCUUCCAGCUCUUAUAAGACUUGUUGAAUCAGGAAGUGCUGUAGGUAAAGAAAAGGCUGCGAUAUCGCUUCAGAGGUUAUCAAUGUCAGCUGAAACAUCGCGUGAAAUAGUCGGACAUGGUGGCGUGUGUCCGCUUGUUGAGCUUUGUCAAACCGGCGAUUCCGUUUCGCAGGCUGCAGCAGCUUGUUCAUUGAAGAAUAUUUCAGCUGUUCCUGAGGUGAGACAGGUUUUGGCUGAACAAGGGAUUGUUAGGGUUAUGAUCAAUCUGUUAACUUGUGGAAUGUUGUUAGGUUCCAAAGAAUAUGCAGCAGAAUGUUUGCAGAAUCUCACUGCAAGCAAUGAGAGUCUAAAAAGAAGUGUUGUAUCCGAAGGCGGUGUUAGGAGUCUUUUAGCUUAUCUUGAUGGUCCACUUCCUCAAGAAUCCGCGGUCGCGGCGUUAAGGAAUUUGGUUGGAUCGGUUUCUGAGACAACUUUGGUUUCAUUAGGAUUACUUCCUCGUUUGGUUCAUGUUUUGAAAUCCGGAUCAUCAGGAGCACAACAAGCAGCUGCAUCAGCAAUCUGCCGAGUUUGCAGCUCAACUGAGAUGAAGAAAUUGGUUGGCGAAGCCGGUUGCAUUCCCCUCCUUGUUAAGAUGCUUGAGGCUAAACCAAGUAGUGCUAGAGAAAUUUCUGCACAAGCAUUAGCAAGCUUGAUGACUGUGUCUUAUAAUAGAAGAGAAGUUAAGAAAGAUGAUAAAAGUGUGCCGAAUUUGGUUCAGUUGCUUGAUCCUAGUCCUCAAAACAAUGCAAAAAAAUAUGCAGUUACUUGCCUUGGAUUGAUUUCUUCAAGUAAGAAAUGUAAGAAGCUAAUGAUCUCAUAUGGUGCUAUUGGAUAUUUGAAGAAACUUACUGAGAUGGAUAUUCCAGGAGCUCAAAAGUUACAUGAGAGAUUGGAAAGAGGGAAAUUGAGAAGUUUGUUUGGCAAGAAAUAGUGUAAAAAAGUGUUGCAUCUGUUUUUUGGUAUCAUGAUGCAAAAUAGCCAAGACUGUAUAAAGUGGAAUGCACAAGAUUGCUAAUCCAUGUACUGUAAUCAAUGUAACAUUAUUAUAUAUAAAUAUUUAAACUUUGU